GGCGGGAGUGAGGCGGGCUUAUCCGGGAAGGGGCGGGGUCUGGGAGGGGCGUGGAGAACCGACUCGGCUCGGUAGCGCUCAGGAACGGGCCGCCAGGAGCUUAUGACUGAGGCGCUGAGAGAUACGAACUUUGUGCCUGAGUGAAAAAGCUUUUCCAGGAUGGCUUUGAAUUGCUACUGGGGAGUCUUGGCAGUCUGUAUGAUGACUUUUCCAAGCACGCUUUGUUUCCAGCAGGACCAGUCCAGAGUGUUACUAUUAUCUUUUGAUGGAUUUCGAUGGGAUUAUAUUUAUAAAGUCCCAACGCCUAACUUUCAUUAUAUCAUGAAGAAUGGUGCUCAUGUUAAACAGGUUACUAAUGUAUUUAUUACAAAAACUUAUCCUAAUCAUUAUACAAUGGUGACAGGUCUCUAUGCAGAGAGCCAUGGCAUGGUUGCUAAUGAAAUGUAUGAUCCUGUCCUGAACAAAACUUUCUCCCUGAACAGAAUGAACAUCUAUAAUUCAAAGUUCUGGGAAGAGGCCUGUCCAGUAUGGGUCACCAAUCAAAUGGAAGGACAUAGAACCGGAGCUGCUAUGUGGCCUGGAACAGAUGUAAAAAUACAUGGAGUCUUUCCUACACACUAUAUGUUUUACAAUGAGUCUGUUUCAUUCGAAGAUCGAGUUGAUAAACUUAUUGAUUGGUUUACCUCAGAAGAACCCAUAAAUUUUGGUCUUCUAUACUGGGAGCAGCCUGAUGCGAUGGGGCAUGUUUUAGGCCCAGAAAAUCCACGUAUGGGCCCAGUCAUUAGUGAGAUUGAUGACAAGCUGGGAUAUCUUGUGUCAGAACUGAAGAAAGCAAAGUUGUGGGACACACUGAAUAUCAUAAUCACAAGUGACCAUGGAAUGACACAGUCUUCUUCAGAAAGGCUCAUAGAGCUUGAUCGAUAUGUGGCUAGAGAGCUGUAUACAAUGGUUGACCAUUCUCCUGUGGUAGCGAUUUUGCCAAAAGAAGGCAAACUUGAUGAAGUGUAUGAAGCCUUGGUCAAUGCUCAUCCCAACAUGACUGUUUAUAAAAAGGAGGAGAUUCCGAAUAGAUUACAUUACAAACACAACAGUAAAAUUCAACCAAUCUUAGCAAUGGCUGAUAAAGGAUGGGAAAUCUUACAAAACAAGUCUGAUCAACUUCUCUUGGGUAAUCAUGGAUACGACAACGUCCUACCAGAAAUGCACCCAAUCUUCUUGGCCUAUGGGCCUGCCUUUAGAAAGAAUACCACCAAAGAAGCCAUGAGUCUCACAGAUCUGUAUCCCUUGUUGUGCCAUCUGCUUGGUAUCAGUCCAUUGCCAAACAAUGGGUCACUCAGCAAUAUGGAAGAUAUUCUUUUUAUGGAAGUUCCAAGAGACCUGAAUCCUAGAUAUUAUGAACAGGAGUCCUAUGCCUAUUUUAUAGGAGUUUUUCUUGGUAGCAUUCUUGUUGUUGUUUUUCUUUUAGUUUUUAUUAAACACUUAAUCCACAGCCACCUACCUAGCAUGCAGGUGCAACACUCUGAAAUUUCCCAGCCGUUACUACAAGGGUAAUAUUACUUUCCAAUGAAGGCACUUUAAUAAAAACAAUGAAAAGUUAUUCUAGCUAUUCUGAGCUUAAAAGUUUUCCUAGAAAUUAGGUAAGUAGAUCUGCAAAAAUUAAUACAUGUGGUGCACUGGAGUAAAUGUGUAACAGAUGCAUACAGGGAGAGCAUGUUUCUGUUGCACUAUAUAACCACUUGAUUUUUCAGGGGUUGAAAACCCCUCUAGAUAACACUGGAAGGAUAUGUACGUAGAGAUUUAGUAACUUUAAACUCUUGGAUACCUCAUUUUGGGCUAAUAUUAGGGAAAUAGAAAUCAUUUUUAGAUUCACUAAGCUCUCGGUCUUCUGAAUUUAAACAAAUCAUGGAUUUAAACAAAAAUCUGUUUAGGUUAAGAAAAGAGUGUAAGGGAUCCACAGUGGAAGGAUGGGCAGAUUAAAUGUAUGCUAUCCAAAAUGCUCUGAUUUUGUGCAUGCAACAUAAAUAUCACUAGGAUAGUGUUUGUACAAGUUGCAAGUUGCAUUUUGGUCUUUAAUUGUAGCAGGCAGGGUUGUGCAUUUCUAAAUUGAGUUAUAUGACCCACAGAAGGCUGGUGUUUCAUGGGCUAUAUCUUAUUGUUAAAGUGGGGUGGGCAAGAAUACUGAAACUGAGUUGGCAGUCACAGAAUUCAGUUUCAAAACUCAGCAUGGUAUAUAACUUAAUCUGACUCAUGUCUGAAAUUCUGUUGUAAUGGUCCUGGGGAGCAUGUGCUAUUGUUCCACCUCCAUCUUUGUGUAGGUAGUCAAGGAAAAUCACCCUGUGGCCUUAGUGCCAAUAAUGUAAAGCUGCCUGUUGCUGGAGUAGCCCACAACCUGUUUUUAGUGAGUCAGGUGAUAACAAAAGUAGACUGGUCAGUAGUUUAUCAGACAAAUAAUUCUUCUAAAACAGAUGAAAAUGGUGUUCACCGUAGUGGCUAAGACCUUGAAGUUCAGAGCAGAUGAACCUAGAUUAAAAUCAGGCUACCAGUAAACUUUAUUCACAGGAAGGUCAGGAUCCACUGCAAUUUUUACUUUGGCAGUCUUGUCCUCAGGAAUUGGUGGACAGUAUCUUGGUUGGACAGUAAGGGGAGACGUUUUGAUGUAUAAAAUCUCUACCUUUUCUGAUCUUAGUAACCUAUAUGCAAUAAUUCUUGCAGAUCAAUAGAGUAAAUAUUCACAUACAAAACUGAGACCUACAGUCUGACAGCACUUCCUUGCAGAAGCCUAGAUAAUCUCCCCUUACUGUCUAUUUCCAGUAGCUUCUUCACUCAAGCUCUGUCCCCUCUUCCCAAUGACCUUGGUAUUAAAAUUUUCAUACAAGAUAGACAAUGUGAUCUUUCUUUGCACCAUUGAAUAAUUAUUCUUUCUUUCAACGUGGCAGGGGUGUUAAUGUGGCUUUUUAGAAAACUCCAUAGUGAGCAAGUAAACUAUAUCCUCAAGGGUGUAGUAAGCACUUGCAAUUUUUUUUUUUAAAUCAGCUUAAAAGUUUUAUAAUUCAAUCUGUUAAGCAACUUACUAAUUUAGGGGGAAAAGUUCAGUACAUCUGUCAACAAAAACAUUUGUGCCCAGAAUUCCCAUACCCAAACAUACAGUUUAGUGAAGAGCAAUGUGUUCUAAGAGAAACUUUUGUAUGUGUGAGCCAAUACCCCCAGGAAAAAGGGAUUUUGCUAGUCACAAAACCUGUUUAAGUUGAAACAUGCACUGUACUGUAAAAAUAAAUGACAGGUUUUGAAGUGGGGGAGUUGCGUGUUCAGCUAUUUUGAUUUGUAUAUCCCUACAAACUAAAAGCGGUCUUUGUUUUCAUAUUUUGUUUUAGUGUAAAUAAAAUAAACUUUAAUGUCUAUUGUUUAGGAAUAGUUGCAGGACACCUGUCUAAUAUUGGUUACGUUUACAAAUGCACAAUCCUAAACCUGUAAGCACAAGAAAUGAUACCAUUGGAGAAAUGUAAUGAAUGCUCCAGCCCAUGCUCUUUGAAAGGGCACAGGGUGUGAUGUGUGUGCUUUUUGAGUACUUUAAGAUUGCAUGUGACUGAGUUAGUGAAGGCUGGGGUUAAAAUAUAUUGCAACUGUGAAUUUAGGAAAUAAGAAAGCUUGUGCUGUUCAAAAAACCACUUACUGAAAUAUGGCAUGCUUUGACUCUAGUCAAGAAUGUUCUUUCCUAUUUGUACUUGUAAACUCAGUUUUAUCACUGCAAGUAGUAUUCAAGUCAUAACUAAGAUUGUUAAAAAACCCUCUGAAAUUUGUAACAGUUUUAUGAAAAGAUUUAAUAGGCAUGUGUUUUAAUUACUGUUGUAAUUAUUUCUGGUAAAUAGUAAAGAGACGGGAGAGUUCUGGUUUCAUAAA